CUGGUUCAAUGAAGUGAUCUAUUCAACUCAGUGUUUCUUUCUCUUGCUCUCUUCAUUAAUUCCAUACUGUCCUGCCUUUUCAUCCUUUCUGUCUUUUGUUUUCUGUCUCUCUUACUUUUUAUUCCCCUCCUUCUUUCUCUGGUUGGCUGAGCUCUGACAAGGGGAUAGAAUCAAGAGUUUGGGAGAGGAGAGGGACAUUUGGGAGCGAGAUGGCGAGUGGGACGGUGGCGUUGUUCCUGUAUGGAUUCCUGCUCCUGUCUCUGUGGAAACCUUCACUGCAAGGAGGUGUAUACAUACCUGCUGGUGUAGGUGAAGGAGCUGGGGCUGGAUUAGGAGCUGGAGCAGGAGUCAGAGCUGGAUUUGGUCCAGGUGGAGCUGGCACCGGUUUUGGGCCUGGUGGUGUAGGCACUGGAUAUGGGCCAGGUGGCGGAGCCGGAGUUGGACCAGGAGUUGGACCAGGAGGUGUAGGUGGAGCUGGCACUGGUCCAGGAGGUGCAGGCUUUGGCCCUGGAGCCGGUGGAGGUUACACCAAGCCAGGGAAGACGGGAGCUGGCUAUGGUGGUCAGGUUGUAGGCCAAGGCCAAGGAGGACUGGGGACUGGAGGUCUGGGGGAAGGAAGAGUUAGACCAGAAGGAGCUGGGGCCGGACCAGGAGGUUAUGGACAUGGCGGUGGUUUAGGAGCUGGAGGCCUUGGAGCAGGAGCUGGCAAUGGAGGUUGGGGUCCUGGAGGACAGGGGGCUGGACUAGGAGCUGGAGGUCUGGGAGGAGGAGGUCUUAGACCAGGAGCCAGACCAGGAGGUUAUGGACCAGGAGCUGGAGGAAAGCCAGAGAAGGCAGGAGCUGGCUACGGUGGUAGAGAUCCAGGAGGACAGGGGGCUGGACUGGGUGUUGGAGGUUUUGGACCAGGUGGCUAUGGACCAGGUGGAGCUGGUGCUGGACCAGGUGGCUAUGGGCUUGGUGUUGGUCUUGGUCCUGGGGGAGCUGGUCCUGGAGUUUUUGGUGGUGGUUAUGGACCCGAUGGAACAGGAGCUGGCUAUGUAGGUCGCAGUCCUGGGGGACAGGGGGCUGGAUUAGGAGCUGGAGGCUAUGGACCAGGUGGAGCUGGACCAGGAGGAUAUGGGCCUGGUUCUGGUGUUGGCCAGGGUGGAGUUGGUCCAGGUGGUUUUGGUGGUGGUCUUGGAGCUGGCGGACAAGGAGAUGCCCUUGGAGCUGGGUAUGGAGGCCUCGGAGCUGGGGGACUGGGAUCCAGAGCUACAGGUCAGGGAGCUGGAGGACUUGGAGCAGGCCAAGGUCUUGGAGCCGGCCAAGGAGAUGGAUACAGACCUGGAGGAGGCUACGGUGGUGCUGCUGGUGGUCUGUACCCUGGAGCUGGAGGAGCGGGGGCAGGCCAGAAACCUCCCAAAACAGGAGCAGGAAGCAGACUAGGAGGAGAUGGAUAUGGGCCUGGUGGUGCUGGUGGAUAUGGGCCUGGUGGCGCAGGUGGACAUGGGCCUGGUGGCGCAGGUGGACAUGGGCCUGGUGGCGUAGGUGGACAUGGGCCUGGUGGCGUAGGUGGACAUGGGCCUGGUGGCGCAGGAACUGGGCCUGGUGGCACAGGAACUUGGCCUGGUGGCGCAGGAACUGGGCCUGGUGGCGCAGGAAUGGGGCCUGGUGGCACAGGUGGAUAUGGUCCUGGUGGCGCAGGAACUGGGCCUAGUGGCGCAGGUGGAGUUGGCCUUGGUGGUUUUGGGCCUGGUGGCGCAGCAGUACCAGCUGGAGCACCAGUACUUCCACAGACUGGAGUCCCUGGGGGUGGAGCUAGAGAGAAGAGCGGUUGGAAGGCCAACAAACAAGUGCCAGGUGUUGGAGUACCUGGACUUUAUCAAGGUGGAAUAGUGCCUAGUCAAGGUUUCGGAGGGCGUGGGGUUCUACCAGGUGUUGCCACUGGAUCCGGACUUGCUCCCCAGACAGGGGCAGGUGUGCUGGGCCAGGGUGGAGUUGGAGCUGGCACUGGAGCUGGAGGUGGCCGAGGCAGUUUAAAUGGAGUGUUCCGUGGAUAUCCCCUCAUAUCACCUAAAUCUGGAGGGGCUGGAGGCAAAUCAGCUAAUUCCCAGGCCAAGCUUGCUGCUAAAUAUGCUGGAGCUGGAGGUGUACUUCGUCAAGGGGGCAUGUCGGGAGCAGGAGGAGUACCUAGCGGUGUACCUGGAGCAGGUGGGGUCCCUGGUUAUGGAGUUGGAGCUGGAGGUGUACUUCGUCAAGGGGGCAUGGCCGGAGCAGGAGGCGUACCUAGCGGCGUACCUGGAGCAGAUGGGGUCCCUGGUUAUGGAGUUGGAGCUGGUGGUGUACCUGGUUACGGAGGUGGAGCAGGAGGCAUACCUGGAUUCGGAGGCGUAGCCAGAGCAGGAGGCGUACCUGGUUACGGGGGCGGAGCCGGACCAGGAGGCGUACCUGGGGCAGGGGGCGUCCCUGGCUCAGGUGGGUAUGGAUACCCAGGGGGUUACCCAGGUGGAGGGCGGUACCCAGGGGCUGGCCUAGGUGUAGGAGGUGCCUACCCCGGAGGAGCUGGAUCUAAGGCAGCCAAAUAUGGUCAGGGUGGAGCAGGCACUGGAGCUGGUGGUGGGCUCAGCCAGGGAGUGCCUGCAUCUGGGAUUGGAACCGGAAGACUGCCUGGUGGGGCUGGAGGGGAACCAGGAGGCGGUUACAGGCCUGGCGGUAGCUUCGGUCCUGGAGGUGGAGUUGGACCAGGUGGGGCCAGUUAUGGACCAGGUGGGGCCGGCUAUGGACCAGAUGGAGCUGGACCUGGUGGCUAUGGACCAGGUAGUGCUGGAAGAUAUGGAACAGGUGGAGGGGUUGGACCAGGUGGUGCCGGGGAAGGACAUGGUGGAGCUGGCUAUGGACCAGGUGGAGGAGUUGGUGGAGUGCCUGGUGGUGGACACAGACCCGGAGGUGGUUUACCUGGUAGUGGUGCUGGUUACGGACCUGGUGCUGGUGUUGGAGGAUAUGAUGCAAAUGCCAAAGCUCGUAAAUAUGGUAUGCUAAGUGGUGUCCUUGGGACCCCAGGAGGAGGACAGGCAGCCAGCCUGGGAGGAGUACCAGGAGGGGGAGCAGGGACUGGAGUAGGCCAGGGUGGAGUGCCUGGAUCUGGGCUUGGUGGUGGUGGAGGUGUCCCUGGUGGUUAUGGUCCUGGAGCUGGAUUUGGACCUGGCCGUGGAACCGGUGGUGGUUAUGGACCAGGAGUGGGUGCUGGGACUGGACUUAGCCAGGGAGCAGGGCCUGGAGCUGGGCUUGGUGCUGGUGGAGUGCCUGGUGGUGGAUACAGACCCGGAGGUGGUUUACCUGGUAGUGGUGCUGGUUACGGACCUGGUGCUGGUGUUGGAGGAUAUCCUGCUGGGGCUAAGUCUCUGAAAUACGGUCCAGGAGGAGGUGGAGGAGCUCCGGGUGGAGGCCUUGGUGGGCGAUUCGGUGCCCCGGGAGGAGGUCUGCCAGGAGGAGGCUACGGACCAGGGUCAGGAGGCGCCUUAGGAGCAGGAGAAGCAGGAGCAGGAGGAAGAGUGCCUGGGGGUGGAUAUGGGACCGGAGCUGGGCCUGGUGCAGGGUAUGGAGCAGGAACAGGGCCUGGAGCUGGGUACGGUCAGGGAGCAGGAGGAGUCCCUGGAGGAGGCUAUGAAGCUAGGGCAAGAGCAGGAGGACUACCUGGGGCCGGAUAUGGACCUGGAAGAGGAUAUGGAGCCGGAUCAAAAGCUGCUAAAUAUGGACAAGUUGCUGGUGGGGCCGGUGGGGCCCUUGGAGGAGGAGCUGGACAAGGAUUCGGAGGGGUACCAGGUGGCUAUGGACCAGGUGGCUUCGGAGCCGGACCAGGUGGCUUCGGAGCCGGACCAGGUGGCUAUGGAGCCGGACCAGGUGGCUUUGGAGCCGGACCAGGUGGCUUUGGAGCCGGACCAGGUGGCUUUGGAGCCGGACCAGGUGGCUUUGGAGCCGGGGGCGGAGCAGGAUCAGGAGGGGUGCCAGGUGGGCUUCCAGGAGGUUACAGCGGUUCUCCCUGGGGGAAAAGGGGCUACGGUACUGGAUCUGGAUUUAAGGCAGACAAAUAUGGACCAGGUGGGGCAGGAGGGGCCCUUGGUGCUGGGGCAGCUGGAGGUGCAGGGGCUGGGACAGGGGCUGGGACCGGGACCGGAGCUGGGACAGGUGCUGGAGUAGGUGCAGGACCUACACCUGGCCCUGGCACAAGAGCAGGAGGAGAUGGCACUGUGACAGGAGCAGGAGGAGACAGGACAGGCGCAGGAGGAGCAGGCACAGGAGGUGAGCCUGGUGGUGCCGGUGGGGUUCUAGAAGGAUCUGGAAGUUCUGCUGGCCCAGGAGAUGGCACCGGCGUCACAGCUGGUGCUGUUGGAGGAGGGGUGGGAGACACAGGAAUCCCUAGCAUUGGAGGAAAACCAGAUCAAUCGGGGCUCGGGGGGACAGCAAUCCCAGGUGGAAUUGCAGUGCCAGAAACUGGGGCUGGAGUUGUUCAACCCAGUGCUGGGGCUGGAGUUGAUGGGGUAGGAGUUCCCUCUGGAGGUUCCUCUGGUUCUGGGUCAGGUUCAUCUGGUGAUGCGAUUGGUGUGGGGUUUGGUUCUGGUACUGGUGUUGGUGCGGGCACUGUCGGGCUGGGCGAUGGUGGUAUUGGGUUGGGUAUCGGUAUCGGCUCUGGUGGUAAAGCUGGAGGUUCGGAAACAGGCAUCGGUAUUGGUGCCGGUGGAAAACCCUCUAAAGAAAGACAAGCAGGUGCUGCUAACGGUGAUAUCACUGGAGGGGGGACUCUACCUGGAGCUAAACCUCUGAAGGCUCCAAGAGGAGAUACACCUGGUGAAGGAGAGGGAGAUGCAGGAGGAGGAGCAAUAGGUGUUGGUGGAGGUCCUGAUGGUGCAGGAGGAGCAGGCAGUGGAUCUGCCGGAGUAGGAAGAGAUGGUGAUGGUAGAGGAGGAGGACCAGGAGGAGCAGGCAGUGGAUCUGGCGGUGUAGGAAGAGAUGGUGAUGGUAAAGGAGGAGGAGGACCGGGAGGAGCAGGGCGGAAAGACGGUGGUGCAGUUAGAGUGGGAGGAAGUCCUAACGGUACAGGGGGAGCUGGAGGUUCAGGAGGUGGAGGAGCAGGAGUAGAACCUGGAGGAGGUGCCGGACCAGGCAGUAGUGACAAACCACCCAAAGGUUAUGGAGCAGGUGGGGCUGGCAGUCUGGGUGCAGGAGGUGCUGGAGGAGCAGCUCUGGUCCCUGGGACUGGUGGUGCCGGUGAUAUAGGAGCUGGAACCCCCAAACCAGGAAAAAGCUACGGAGCUGGUGGAGUCCUGCCAGGUGGAGGUCUACGUUACCCAACUGGGGCUAGAGAAGGACUGGGCUCAGGGAAGCCGGGCAAAGGAUAUGGUGCUGGCCAAUUUGGAGCAGGAGGACGACAUCCUGGAGGAUAUGGUGCCAGACCAGGCGGAUACGGAGCCAGUCUUGGAGGAUAUGGCACUGGACCCGGUGGUUAUGGGGCCAGACCCGGUGGUUAUGGUGCUGGUCCAGGUGGUUAUGGGGCUGGAGCUGGUCCUGGUGGCUAUGGUGCUGGGCCAGGUGGAUAUGGUGCUGGGCAAGGUGGCUAUGGUGCUGGGCCAGGUGGCUACGGGACAGGGGCUGGGCCUGGAGGAUAUGGAUCCAAGCCAUACAAGACUGGAGGUGCUGGAGCCGGUGGUGUUGGUGGAGGUCUGGGUGGAGCUGGCAGCCUGGGUGCCAUAGGAGCCGGACCAGGAGGAGUGGGUGGAGGUCAAGGAGGCAGUCUAGGUGGAGGUCAAGGUGGAGCUGGACCAGGUGGAUAUAUACCAGGUGGAGUUGGUAGCAGAUACCCCACAGGUGCUGGAACUGGUACAGGAACUGGCACUGGAAAACCACCUAAAAGCUAUGGGAGAGCUGUUGGAGCUGGAGAUGGGCUUGGUGGUUAUGGUUAUGGACCAGGUGGAGCAGGGCCGGGAGGAGCUGGGGUCAGACCAGGUGGAGCAGAGGCCGGACCUGGUGGCUAUGGCGCAGGGCCUGGAGGUUAUGGGCCUGGGGCUGGUCUUGGUCCUGGAGGUUAUGGGGCUGAACCAGGUGGCUAUGGACCAGGUAGAGCAGGGCCGGGAGGAGCUGGGGUCAGACCAGGUGGAGCCAGACCAGGUGGAGCAGAGGCAGGACCUGGUGGCUAUGGUGCUGGGCCUGGAGGUUAUGGGCCUGGGGCUGGUCUUGGUCCUGGCGGAGCUGGUCCUGGAGGUUAUGGGGCUGGACCUGGUGGCUAUGGACCAGGUGGCGCUGGAUCUCAUAAAUAUGGUAUGCUAAGUGGUUCCCUUGGAGGGGGACAAGCAGCUGGCCAGGGAAGAGUGCCAGGAGGGGGAGCAAGGACUGGGCUAGGUCAGGGAGGAGUGCCUGGAGGGGGAGCAGGUACUGGGCUAGGCCAUGGAGGAGUGCCUGGAUCUGGGCUUGGUGGCGGUAGUGGUCCGGGUGCUGGGUAUGGACCUGGCAUUGGAACCCAUGGAGGUUAUGGACCAGGAGGUGGUGCUGGGACCGGACUUGGUCAGGGAAGAGCCGGGGCCGGACCAGGUGGCUAUGGACCACUUGGAGCUGGGGCUGGACAGGGAACUGGAGCUGGAGGGUAUGACGCAAAUGCAAAAGCUCGUAAAUAUGGUAUGCUAAGUGGUACCAUUGGAGGAGGACAAGCAGCUGGCCAGGGAAGUGUGCCAGGAGGGGGAGCAGGGACUGGAGUAGGCCAGGGUGGAGUGCCUGGAUCUGGGCUUGGUGGUGGUGGAGGUGUCCCCGGUGGUUAUGGUCCUGGAGCUGGAUUUGGACCUGGUGGUGGAACUGUUGGUGGUUAUGGACCAGGAGGGGGUGCUGGGACCGGACUUGGCCAGGGAGGAGUUGGGGCCGUACCAGAUGGCUAUGGGACUGGGCCUGGUGGUUAUGGACCAGGUGGAGCCGGACAGGGUGCAGUGAAGCCAAACAAAUCAGGUUAUGGCUCCUCCUCCUUGGGUGGAGCUCUCUUUGGACCAGGUGGUGGAGCAGGUGGGGUACCUGGUGCUGGAGCUACCGGGCGAAGAGGAGGAGUACCAGGAGGCUACGGAGUAGGAGAAGCGGGACAGUCAGGGCAGAAAUCAAAGGCACAGAAGGCAGCCAAAUACACAGCCAUGCAAGGCUUCCUGGGAGCACGCAACUACAGAGGGGUCGCCGACUGCCAGGGUAUAUACUGCGGACGGAGGAGGAAGUGAGAGAGCAGCAAAAAGAAGUGACCUCAUCAUCAACAUUGUGGUGCUACUGCAUGAUUCAAGAAUGUACUGAUUUUCAACUACUAAUAUGUCCUUUUUUUCUUUUAAAGUGUGAAUCUCGGGCAAUGGCAAAACCAGAGCCUGUUUGAUCUUUUAUUCUGAAACUGUGAUCAUGUGUUUAUUGUUCCUCACCUGUACCCCUUUAGCCCCUCCUGUGUGUACCCCAUUUACCCAUUCAGCUCCACCACGAAUCAUGUUUGUUUAAAACACUGAUACUAAGGCGUCCCACAACGGAGUGCCUCUAGACCUGUCUGUAUGCUGACUAAACUGUCUGUUUUCUGAUUAAUGUGACUAACAUCCCUCUAUAAAGCUAUGCUAUUGACACACAGGCCCAGACUUACUCCACAUUUGCACCUGCACUUUUCAAUUAUACCUAGUUUUUGUUCAAGUUGUUAAGUUGCAAACUUUUACAAUAUCUGGCCCAAGGCGUCUUGAGAUAUAUACACACACUGCUGCCAUAAAUGAAAAUCAUAGGAGAUAUCUUUAGAGUGGUAAUCUUACAACCAUUUUUGAUUUAGAACUGUGUCCACUCUGAACCCUCAAAAGGCAGUGUGUGUCCACAGCAACACUCAUGUUCUAACUCUGAUUCUAGUUUCAGCAGUUCUCAACAACAAAAAAAGGAGCUUAUUGCCCUUAGAGCCACUAGUAAAGGUUUUAAGAUCUUAUAUGCAGUCGUGUAUAAUGCCUUUACAGAAUAUAUAUAGUAAGGUUUAACUAAGCCACUUGCCUGAAAUAUUAUCAACAUCUUUCUGAAUGGCUGUAGAACACUGAAUUGCUGUGAGUGUUUUGAAUACUUAAUCACACCGAUAUGACUGUGUUAGUACAGCCAUAGUUGAGAUGACUGAAAAUGCAAACGUAUAUUUUCUUUGUUUAAAAUCCUCAUCUUGGCUUUACUGAGAGCAACAGUACCUACAUGACAUUUGCAGUUGAUUAAAACUAAUAUUAUAAUCAUGCUCAUCUCCAGAGAUUGGCCUGUUUUCAGACCUAUCACCGUAAAACAUAAUUCUGUUAACUCAAAUUAUUUGAAAAACUGAUUGCCCUGACUCAUUAAAUUAAAGCAACACAUUUUUUUGUAAGUUACAGGUUCUCAGUUCAUUUAGUUUUAGUGACUUAGAAGAUUAUGUUACACAGUGAACUGUAGAGAGCAUAUAACUGCAGACUGUUGACAAAAGCCAAACGUUUUUACGCGCGUUAAUUCACCCAGGAAAUAGAAUGCAUGGGAGAGAAUGAGAGACAACAGAUGGGUCUCAACGGUGUCAUUACACAUCAGUUUAGAAAGCAAGUCUAUUUCUCUCCACAUCUACAAGAAGCAAUGCUGGUAAAAUUAGCAAAUAAAUUGCCAGAAAAUAGACUGUUUGCAUCGUUAUGUCUGGAAAUGUGAAAUGUAUAGUUAAAAAGUGUCUAUUCAGUGUUGAUCAGUUUCACUGCCAAUACAUAUAUGAAAACAAAUGCAUAGAAUUUCGAUCACAGGCAUAUAGCCUAGGCCAGGGGUCUCCAAAGUUUUUUCUAGCCUGAGUUACUUUAAGAAAAAUGUAACAUGUCGCUUCUCUUCUCCCAUUCAACUCUUCCUCAGGUCCUUAGUGUACAAGAGAAAGUAGUGCACUGUUUUCUGUCAAUAUACCUGGUAAAAUAAGGAUUAAUAAACAACUCUAAGGGGAGACCUAUAAAGUCAGAUUUGUUUUCUCCAAAAUUAUGUUUUCAAUUUCGCAAAAUACGUUUUCUCUGUUUUAUAUUUCCUGGUUUAAGAUGUUGAUUUUACUCUCAAAAUUACAAUUGUUCAUAGAGAAGUUUGUUCUGAGGACAUGUCAAUGGUUAAAUCACAUCAGGAUACCCUUUUUGGGGGGGGGGAACAAAUAGAUUUCCUCUUUAUUGUGCAUCUAGCGAGUAAGGAAUGUGCCAGUCUGGCGAUGGUUCUGUACUGCUGCUGCUGCUCAUUUAAUGGCAAAGUUAGUAAAUAACAAAUAGAUACAAAUGAUAUAUUUACUUAUAUCAUUUAUAUAUAAACUUCUGCCUGGUAAGCCUACUGCCACAAGACGGUUAUCGCAUCACCUGGCUACACACGGAGUGAUUGACAAACGCGCCACACCAUAUACAGUAGACAGACGGGCGAUACUACCGGAAAUUAAUUGGCAGAUAUUGUGAAGGUUUAAUUCAUUAUGCCAAUAGUGGCUAACAAGGGGUGGGAUAAUGUCAAUGUUGAGUUGUUUAGAUAGGUGGUAGCUUGCAGUGUCGGAUAAUUGGGAGAUUUGUUUAUGACAGUUUGCGAUGGAACAGAUGAAAAAUUGCAUAUGCUUUCAGAAUUGUUUGGUGAGCUACUCAUACGUGAGCUGCGAGCUACUGGUAGCUCAUGAUCGACCUGCUGGAGACCCCAGGCCUUGGCAGACUACGGCUGGGAAACUCGAGGAACUACGAUUUCAAGAGAGAAUACUAUUAUGUAGGAAGAACGAACUAGCUAAAUUCCUUAUAGACUGCUCGGGUUUAUUAGCUACAACUCUCCUCAUGUUCAUGAAUAACAAUUUUUUAGCCUGUGCAGGCAGGUACGGUGGCUCCCAUAGGACAUCUAAGAUGAGUCAAAAGGAACACACAAAAAUAGUUCCCAGGUGCUAUAUAGCGAACAUAACAAUUACAACUGUUUAUUAUGGAUUAUCAUGACGAUUACGUUGGCAUACGCUACGCAGUAUAUGUGAAUUGACGCUGGCCUCUCGCAAGCAGAUUUCACACCGUUGACAGGCAUCUCCGGGUGUAAUUUCGGUUUAACACCGAUGCAGUUCAAGUCUUUUCACUCUGAACUUAAACUAUUUGUUUACUUUAGCUUUUUAAAUUAUGAAGGAAAAAAAUGCUAAAACAUUUUCAACAAUGUCUACUCUUCUGAUUUAAAAAAAAUUAAGUGCUUUAUUUUUUUACAUUGUCUUUGAAUGCUCUCUAAUGCUAGUGUUACCUGAGGUGUCAUGUUACAUGUUUAAUGAAACUUUGUAAUCUUGAGUUAUCAUCUAUGGGCUCUAGUGUUUAUAUCAUUAAGCCCAGACAGACAAAGAACAUCUGUGUUUUACCUUAGAAGAGAAUGAUGCACUUUUUUUUUUUACACAGUACACAGUUUUUAAAUAAAGAAAUUACC